AUGGCAUCCUCCUCGUCAAACGUCGUGGGUGUCCACUACCGCGUGGGCAAGAAGAUCGGUGAAGGCUCGUUUGGUGUCAUUUUUGAGGGCACCAACCUCCUGAAUAACCAGCAGGUGGCUAUCAAAUUCGAACCUCGCAAGAGCGAUGCUCCCCAGCUUCGUGAUGAAUACCGGACUUAUAAGAUCCUGGUCGGAUGCCCCGGCAUCCCUAAUGUCUACUAUUUCGGGCAGGAGGGUCUGCACAACAUCCUCGUCAUUGAUCUUCUCGGUCCCAGUCUCGAAGACCUUUUUGAUCACUGCAACCGCCGGUUUUCUACCAAGACCGUAGUCAUGGUGGCCAAGCAGAUGCUCUCCCGAGUCCAGACAAUUCACGAGAAGAAUCUCAUCUACCGAGACAUCAAGCCUGAUAAUUUCCUUAUUGGCCGGCCUUCUACCAAAGCCGCCAAUGUCAUUCAUGUCGUUGAUUUUGGUAUGGCCAAGCAAUACCGUGAUCCCAAAACCAAGCAGCACAUCCCCUACCGUGAGCGCAAGUCUCUGUCUGGGACUGCUCGGUACAUGAGUAUCAACACGCAUCUGGGCCGUGAGCAAUCUCGGCGGGAUGACCUGGAAGCUUUGGGGCACGUAUUCAUGUACUUCUUGAGGGGUGGUCUUCCCUGGCAGGGACUGAAGGCGGCGACCAACAAGCAAAAGUAUGAGAAGAUUGGCGAGAAGAAGCAGACCACGGCGAUCAAAGACCUCUGCGAUGGCUACCCGGAAGAGUUCAACAAGUAUUUGAGCUAUGUGCGCAAUCUCGGGUUUGAAGACACACCAGACUACGAUUAUCUCCGCGACCUCUUGACGCAAGCCCUGAAGAACGCUGGAGAAGUGGAAGAUGGGGAGUACGAUUGGAUGAAGCUGAACAACGGACGCGGGUACGACUACAAGUCGUAUUCGUCGCAAGCGCAUCUCCACAACCAGCAUCAGGGCUCAACGGGGCGCGACCACGCGAACCAGCUUCGCCACAGCCAACGUCCUGGGGUCACGGCCGACCGUUUAAACGCCGCGCAGCCCCCGCCCCCUUCUCCAGCGAAAGCCGGGGCUGGGAAGACGCGCGAGCGCCCAAGCGUAUCCGGCGGGAUGCCACCCAAACGUCAGAGCGGGGGCUUGGAAGCUACGACUCCAGCCGCGUCCACCCAAGCACAGUUUCAGAACUCGAACGCCCAUCUUCCGGGCCGUAUCGGGAGCCCGGGUAACCAGGGGAUGAACAGUCAACAGUUUGUUGGGACUCAAGGGAACAAUGACCCGCAGCCUACUUUCGUUCAGAAAAUGAUGAAGGCUCUGUGCUGCGGUAGGUGA